AUGGUGACAGACACGAGCGAGGACAGCUUGUUCAGAAUCAGACCCAACACCUCUGCCAAUGCCACUGAGGAUGGCACAUCAGGUGCCGGUUCCAUGGAGGACAUGAUCGCCAUCUGCACCAUUGGGACAAUCCUCUCCCUCAUGUGCGUGAUCGGGGUAACAGGCAACGUCUAUACCUUGCUGGUGAUGUGCCAUUACUUGCGAUCAUCUGCCUCCAUGUAUAUCUACAUCAUCAACCUUGCGCUGGCAGACCUGCUCUACCUUCUCACCAUCCCCUUCAUCGUUGGGACCUACUUCAUUCAGAAGUGGUACUUUGGGGACAUUGGCUGUCGCAUCCUGUUCAGUUUGGAUUUCCUCACUAUGCACGCCAGCAUCUUCACCCUUACAGUCAUGAGCACAGAGCGCUACUUUGCUGUGCUGAAGCCCCUGGACACAGUGAAGAGGUCCAAGAGCUACCGAAAGGCCAUUGCUGUUGUCAUCUGGCUGGUGUCACUGCUGCUCACCCUCCCAAUGCUCAUCAUGAUCCAGCUCGUGCAAAGGGACAACAAAAGCAUCUGCCUGCCCACUUGGAGCAAGCUGUCCUACAAAGUCUAUCUCACCAUCCUUUUUGGUACCAGCAUCGUGGGCCCAGGGGUAAUCAUUGGCUACCUUUACAUCCGAUUAGCUAGGAUUUACUGGGUGUCGCAAACAGCAUCCUUCAAGCAGACCAAGCGCCUGCCGAAUCAGAAGGUGCUCUAUUUAAUCUUCACAAUAGUGCUGGUGUUCUGGGCUUGCUUCUUGCCUUUCUGGAUGUGGCAGCUUCUCUUCCAGUAUUAUGAAUCUUUCUCUUUAUCCCCCAAGGUGAUGAAGAACAUUAAUUAUCUGACAACCUGUCUGACCUACAGCAACAGCUGUAUCAACCCUUUCCUCUACACCCUGCUCACCAAAAACUACCGGGAGUACCUGAAGAAUAGGCAGCGGUCCCUUAGCAGCAGCAGUGGGUACUUCCAAAGGAGGAAUCGAUUUCAGAGGAUUUCAGGAAGAUCCCUGUCCACAAGCAGUCAGCACUGCACAGAGACGUACGUUCUUGCUCACGCUCCUUUGGGAAACAGCAGUGCCUGA